AUGGCUGAAUUAAAUGCAAUACCACUUUUCAUUGAAAUGACCAAUGAAUAUCUAAUUGUAUACGAUAUUAUAUGGGCACUUUCAUUUAAUCAAAAUAUUCAACAACAAAUUCGAUCUAAUUUAUCAUUCAUGUUCAAAUUAACUGUGCUAGCCAAAGAAUGUGAUAAUGAACAAAUGUGUAAAAUGAUUCAGGGAAUUCUAUGGAAUCUAGAAAUAAAUCAUGAAAAUCGUCCAACAUCAAAAAUCAAAAAUGAAAAAACAUUUGAUAUUAUGAUUAGUUAUUCACAUAAAGAAGAAGUCCUCUGUAAACAAAUCUAUGAUGAAUUAAUUAAAUCUGGUUAUCGUGUAUGGAUUGAUUUUGAUCAUAUGCAUGGAAAUGUUAUGGAUGCAAUGGCACAAGCUAUUGAGCAAUCACAUACAAUUAUUAUUUGUAUGAGUGAACAAUAUCAAAAAAGUAAUUAUUGUCGAGCUGAAGCAAAUUAUGCAUACCAAAAGCAACGUAAAAUAAUUCCAAUUAUUGUAGAAAAACAUUAUAAACCUGAUGGAUGGCUUUUGUUUCUUAUUGGUCAAUUAUUAUAUGUUGAUUUUAAUAAAUAUGAAUUUCUUCGAGCAAUGGAAUUAUUAUUUAAAGAACUUAAAGUUGCAAAUACAUCUGAAACUCAUGUUGUGCCUGUUGAACCUAAAGAAGAUACUACUGUUGUAGUUUCUACUCUAUCUGUAUCUUCACCGAAGAAAUCAGCAUCACUGAUAUUGUCUCAAAAUAUUAUUGAAUGGACACAAACACAAGUACAAGAUUGGUUAUUAGGACAUAAUCUUGUUCAAAUGUCUCGUCUUCUUACGAAUUGUGAUGGUCGCAGUUUAAUUUACUUGAGCAAGUACACGAAAAGAUGUGAAACGCAACAAAUUUUGAAUUUACUGCAAGAAGAUUCACUUCGAAGAAUAAAUGAAAGUAUAUCAUUAAUUGAAUUAUCCUGUUUUCAGUCUUUAAUGGAUCAACAAAAACGACUUUUUCCAUGGACAGAUGCAAAUAGUAAGAAAAAAGAUUCUCAAGUUUAUUGUUUGAUCAAUAAUGAAAUGAAAGAGACAAGACUAUAA